AUGGAUAAAAAUAAUAAUAAUAAUAAUAGUAAUGGGGGACAUGAAAAUUUAUUUAAAGAUCUUCAAAAUCAAAAAAGAGUUCAAAAUCCAUCAUUUAGUUCUGGUCAAAGUAGAACAGUGCCAUCAAUUUCUGCUCGUGGCGUGGCACCAAUUAGCUCAUCAUCAAGUUCAUCAUCUAUUUCAACAACUAAUAACACUACUACUACUACUACAAGUGGUACUGGUAGUACAUCAUCACCAGUAUCAAAAGGUGUACCAUUAAUACCAAUUGGUGCAUCAAGAUUUAAACAACAACCAUCAACAGAUGUUUGGAGAUCAGCAAGAGGACAACAAUUAUCAGAAUCACUUUGGUCGUCUUUUAAACAAGCAUUGCAAAAUUCUCAAAAUUCUCAACAAUCUUUAUCACAAUCUUUAUCACAAUCUCAUUCAACAAAUAGUGAGAUUAAUAAUAUUUUAUUGGAGUUUGUAAAACAUUAUAAUUCAGAAUAUGAUAAAUGGAAUGUUGAAAUGGGAGUUGAUUAUGCUAAUACAAAAGUAUAUGGAAUUAAAUUAUAUUGUACACCAGUAUUAGAUAUCCAAACCACAUUAUAUUUGACUAGACAACUUUGUUCUUAUGUUUUAAAUUUAUCAAAGGCAUUAACUGAUGAUAAUUUGGAUAUACCAGAUGGUUUACAUUUCAUAUGUUUAAUAAACAUUUUAUCAAGAUCACCAUUGAAUUCAACAUUAUUACAUCAAGAGAAUGCAUUGGCACAUCCAUUUCAAGCAGCACGUCUUGCAUCUUAUAAACUCUCUUCUUUUAGAGACAAAAAUAAUCCAUCCUUUACAAAAUGGUGGCCAUACCUUAAAGUUUUAUUAGCUAAUUGUUGUCAAAUUGCUACAAAUUUCGUACAUGAUAAACAAAAUUUAUCUUUUAAUUCUUUAAGGUAUGGCAAUGUAAAUAAUAAUAAUAAUAGUAAUAAUAAUAAUAAUAUUGUAAAUAGUACCAGUUUAAGUAGUGGUAGUUUACUUUCAAAUGGUGGUGGUAUUAGUACUAGUGAACCAGAGAUUUCACCAUCAACAUCACCAUUAACAGGUACAACUCCAACAUCACCAUCAAGUUCUUGGUCAUCAUCUUCAAUAACUAAUCAUCAAAUUCAACAUCAAAUUUUAAUGCAACAACAACAACAACAACAAGCUCAACAACAACAUACUCAACAAUACUUUAAUACGAUUGGACAAAGUAGUAGUUAUUCCUAUACAAACGUUAUCAAUGGUGUUUCAACCAAUAAUAGUACAAUAACAGCAACAACUACAAGUAAUUUCUUAAUUCAACAUAUAUUUAAACUUGGUACAAUUUCAAUUUUGAUGGAUUCUUUACAAUUCUUUAAUGAUUUCUUUAAAACUCUUCAACCAAAAGAUUCAGAAGAUUCAUUUAGAUUAUUGAUUAUUGAUACAUUAGGUAUUUUAAUUAGUGGUAAUGGUGGUUUGACAACAACAACAACAACAACAACAACAACAACAACAACAACAGCAACAUCAACAAAUACAACACCAAAUACAAUAAUUAAUAAUACAACAAUAAAUAACAGCGGUUUAACAAAUAGUAUUAAUAAUAAUAAUGGUGGUAAUAAUAAUUUAAAUAAACUUAAAGAACCAGGUAACGAAAUUAAAACAAUUAUAAAUUGUAUUGGUAUGAAAGCGUAUAUUAAAACAAGUAAAAAAGUAACAUCAUUACAAAACGAAUUUCAAUUUCAAUUACAUGUUAUUAGGGUGAUUAAAGAAUUGAUUUCAAAUAAUUUAAAUAAUGCAAAAUAUUUUAAUUCUCAUAGAGGUUUUGAAAAAAUUCAAGAGGUUAUAUUAUGGGUAACUCAAUGUUUUAAACCAACAGAUUCACAUACAUUCACUGAUGAAAGUUGUUUAGAUUUUGAUACUUCAAUGCCUGCUCAAGAAUUAUCUGCCUUAUUAAUUGGUGCAACUUCUUCAAAUUCUUCUAAUAAUCUACCAAAUUUAACAAAUUCAAUAUCAUCACCCUCACACUCAUCCUCCUCCUCCUCCUCAACAACAACAAAUAUUAAUAAUAGUAAUAAUAAUACAGCAACAGCAACAACAACAACAAGUAAUGUAAUAAUUCCACCAACAAUGUAUGAUAGUUUAAAUUCAGUUUUAAAUUCAUUAAAAUAUACGACUUAUUCAGAGAAAUCAUCAUCACUUAUAAAAUCACCACCAAUUAUUGUUAAAAGAAGUAAAGUUGUACAACUUUCACAAUUGUUUCAAGUUUUACAUUCAUUUUCUUUUACACUUGUACCAUUUUCAAAAAUUCAAACUAAUUCCUCCUCUUCUUCUGGUAAUUUAAAUUACAAUAUAUAUUCCUCCUCUUCAGCAUCAUUUAUAAAUAAUAAUAAUAAUAAUAAUAACUGUAAUAUAUCAUCACCAACAAAUCAAUCUGUUAAUAAUAAUAAUAAUAAUAAUAAUAAUAAUAAUAAUAAUAAUAAUAAUAAUAAUAAUAAUAAUAAUAAUAAUGUUUUACCAAGAUCAAAUUCAUCUUAUUCAAUAUUUAGAAGAGGUGAUAGUUUAAAUACAAUCAUUGAUAUCAAUCAAGAUAAUAAUAAUAGUAAUAGUAAUAGUAAUAAUAGUAGUACACUUGAUAUUUUAAAUAAUAGUCAAGAUACAAUUGUAGAUAAUAAUAAUGGUAGUAAUAUUGAUUUUGAAGCAACAAUAACUACUAAUACAACAACGGUCGUGACAGCAACCGUUAAUUUAACAAAUAAUAAUAAUAAUAAUAAUAAUAAUAAUAAUAAUAUGAUUGAUGGUAAUACCGAAGUAACUGGUGGAUCAGCACAUAAUAGUUGGUCAAGUUAUACAAAUAUAAAUGAACAAUUUCAACAAUUAUCAUUAACAUCAUCAACGACAGCAACAGGAUCAUCACCAACAUCACCAACAGCAUUUCAAUAUCAAUCAAAACCAAUUGAUAAAAUGUUUGUGAAUACAUUAUUAAUUGAAACAAUUUUUGAAAAAUUAUUUUCACAAUUAAAUCUUAGUGCUUUAAAUGAAAAUCAUUCAACAACUUCUUCUUUACCAAUUAGUCAAAAUUUAAGUGAUGAUUCCUCAAAUACAAAUACAAAUAAUAAUAAUACAUCAUUUGGUAAAAUUUAUAUUUCAGAUAAUUUACAACAAAAUCCAAACACUGAUAAAUCAUUAUCAUGUGGUAAAAUUUUUAAUAAGAUUAAAAAUUCAACACCAGAACUUCAAUUACAAAUAAUUGAAUAUUUAAUUAAAUUAGUAAUAGAGAAUCCAUAUUGUUUACCAAUUCUUAGAAGAUUUAAUCUUUGGGAAUUAAUAUUUUCUGAUAAUUUUUAUUAUUCAUCACCACAAGCAACUUUAAAUGAUGAUGAUAUUGAAUAUUUAUUAAAUUCAACCACCACUACCACCACCUCAUCAUCAACUAAUAUUUCAGAAGAACAAUUAAAGAAACGUAAAUUAUAUUUAUUUAAUGGAUUAAGAUUAGGUUGUUUAGGUUUAAUUCAAUUCUUUUCAACAUUUAAUAAUAGAGAUAAUUUUGAAGAGAUUUGUAUAAUUUUAACAGAGAUGAGAAAAUCAUUAUUAAAAUCACCAGCAUCAGUGAUUGAGUUAUGUCAAUUAUUAAUUAAUAUCACUAAAUCAAAUCCUCAAGGUACAAUUCAAUCAUUGAUUAAAUUAAGAAUUUUCCAACAAAUUCCACAAAUGAUUCAAGUCCUAUUCAAAUAUGAACAGGCUAGUAACUCUCAAUUUGGUUUAUUACAUAAGAAAGCUAGAAAUAUCAUUUUCUCUUAUCUAGGCCAAUUGAUAGUUCACGAAGAAUUAUCUUAUCAUGCAGUUGUUGAAAAAGAAUUGAUAGAUGUUUUAUUUUUAUUAUUAAGAAAAGUUGAAACUAAAACUUUUUCAAUUACUCAAAUAUUUUUCUUAAUGAAAUUAAAUGUUUCAUCUUCUUCACCAUCAGUUACAACUUUAUUAUCUUCUUCUUCACAAGUAUUAAAUUCAUAUCAACAACAACAACAACAACCACAACAACAAUCAUCACAACCACAACAACAAUCAUCACAACCACAACAAAUUCCACAAUCCCAACUACAACAACAAAAUCAAACACAGUCAUUACAAUCAUCAUCAUUAUCAUCAACAUCAUUAUUAUUAACAUCACAACAUCAACAACCAUCAACAUCAUUAUUAUCAACAUCACAGUUUUCAUCAUCAUCAUCCUUAUUGCAACAACAACAACAACAACAACAACAACAACAACAACAACAACAACAACAACAACAACAACAACAACAACAACAACAACAACAACCACAACUACUACAACAAACACAACAACAACAACAACAACAACAACAACAACAACAACAACAAGUUCAAACUCCAUCAUCACCUCAAACAUUAGCAUCAUUAUUAGGAAAUUCAAGUUCAAAUACAUUAACAUCAUCAUCAUCAACAUUAUCAUUAAAUGAAUCAUCAACAUUAUCAAGAUUACCAACAUCAAAUAAUUUAUCAGAAUUAUAUAGGACAUAUAUUUCCGAGUUAUCAAUGAUUAAAGAAGAGACAUCAUGUACUUAUGAUUUUAAAUUUGAUUAA